UGUCCCCCGCCCCCACUAUGCUUUGCCUGAGUUCCAGCUCUGCUUCCUCUUCUAUUUACUGUCCAAAGUCCCGGGGGCAGGAGACGCCAGGUUAGAACCACUUGGACACUCAGACACACGGGCUUAGGGCCCUCGCCAGGACUAGCUCCAACCCUGCCUCUCCUCUUCUCAUCUAGUACCACCUGCCGCACUUCUCCUGGCUCCAGCCCCUCCUUUGCCCUGGGGCCUGGGCCGCCUGAGGGACCCAGCAGUCAGCUCUCCAUACCUCCAACAGCCCCAAACUCACCUCCAAUCUCAGACCCAACCCAAGCCAUCGCCUCAACCUACUCAGACCCUACAUUCCACCCCAUCCUCAGCCUCAACCUGAAUUGGCAUCUGAGCACAAGCAUCAGCGCUCAGCCUCAGCCCCAAGAGCAGCCUCGACCCAACUCCAGGUCCAGCUCCAGCCCUGGACCCAGCAUGGCAAAGGACUUUCAAGACAUCCAGCAGCUGGACUCGGAGGAAAAUGACCACCAGCUCGGUAGAGGUGAGGGGCCAGGCUCUUGGAGGCACCAUUCCAGGAGAGAAGAUCCAUUCUGGAAAGGAACACCCCAUCCGCAGCCCCUGCUGCUGCAGCGUCUCUGCUCCGAGCUCCGCCUCAGUCUGCUCGUCCUGGGCGUCAAUGUCUUGCUGCUGGUGGCCAUCUGUGUGAUUGGGUCCCAAAGAACACAGCUGCAAGUGGAGCUGUGGACCCUAAAAGAAACUUUCAGCAAUUUCUCCUCGAGCACCCUGGUGGAGAUCCGGGCUCUCAGCUCCCACGGAGGCAGUGCUGGUGACAAGCUGACAUCUCUGGAAGCCAAGCUGGAAAAACAGCAGCAGAACCUGAAAGCAGACCAUGACACCUUGCUCCUUCAUCUGAAGCACUUCCCAGUGGAUCUGCGCAUCCUGACUUGUCAGCUGGCAUCCCUCCAGAGCAACGGCACGGAAUGCUGCCCCGUUAACUGGAUGGAACAUGAAGGCAGCUGCUACUGGUUCUCUCGCUCUGGGAAGACAUGGCCCGAGGCUGAGAAGUACUGCCAGCUGGAGAACGCCCACCUGGUGGUCAUCAACUCCAGAGACGAGCAGAAAUUCAUUGUACAGCACACGAGCCCGUUUCGUAUCUGGAUAGGUCUCACCGACAGCGAAGGCCCCUGGAGAUGGGUGGAUGGCACAGACUAUAAGAGUAGCUACAAGAACUGGGCUGUCACUCAGCCAGAUAACUGGCAAGGGCACGAACAGGGAGGAGGUGAAGACUGUGUUGAAAUUCAUCCUGAUGGCCGCUGGAACGAUGACUUCUGCCAGCAGGUGCAUCGCUGGGGGUGUGAGAUGAAGCGGAACCUCACCAUCUAGGAGCCCUGAGCUCCGCAGA